AUGUUUCCUACUUUCAUCGGGAUCCUAGACAUUCAAUCGUGGUGGGAGGUGCCAAGUAUAGCACAUUUUUGCUCAUUAUUUAGAGCUGCCUUCAAUCUUCUGGAUUUUGAUAUUGAGGAUUUAGAAGAAGCUUUAUUAACGGACGGAGGUACCGAAGGACGACUGCUUCAGGAACUAAUAGUGAAAUUAUUGGAAGGUUGUUUGCCAAAUGACACUCGCAAUGAUAUCUCUACUUUUAAUUAUCAGAUGUUUCUACGUAGACUUUUUCGAAAGAAAUGUCAAGAAUACAAGUGCGAAAAUCCUUUCAAUACAGAUGUAGAUUUUGAAUUAUUACCGCUUCGUCAAAAAGUAGAAAUAUUACGCGCGCUCUGUGACUUCAGGCUAGACGCCGAAGACGUAGAGCAAUCGUUAAGUAACUUGGACUCGGAUAGUUUGCGAGUCGAACCUUUGGGACAUGAUCGUAAGAAUUCUGCCUAUUGGUACUUCUACGGCACUCGAUUGUACCGGGAGGAUUACAUUGAUAGUUCAAAUAGUGCCUCACACAAGCAGAAAAGUAAGCCAAAGGACAAAAAGCGUAAGAAACGACGGAACAGAGUGGCGAAAGAGGAAGAGGAAGAGAAGGAGGAAGCUAGUUUAAUAGACGGCGAAAACAAGGGACGAGAGAGCGUUUGGCAAGUUGUGUGUUUUACUCAACAGGAUUGGAGCAGAUUAGUUGAAAAAUUUCGUGACUCGGAAUACGAUACCGAGCAGAAACUUUAUCGUACAUUAUCCGAAGACUUUAUGCCAGAAAUACCAAAAUUGUUCGAGCUGAAAGAGAAGCAGCAACGGCGUAAACUAUUACAACGUAAUAGUUCGCGAGUGCUUCGUAGUCAAGAGCCUACGACGCAGAUGGAUGCAGUCAUGGUCAGAUCUAAGAUUAAGACUAAAACAAACAAAGGGACUAAAAAGGGGACACAACAAAGUUCAAAAUCUUCUUAUAUUAAGGAAGAUACUUCUCCGCCAUUACCGACACCACCGAUUCAGAAAAAAGGACGGCAGACAAACAAUUCUUUGGCAUCAGCCGUUGGCCAAAUUGUAAUUCAUACUAGAGAUGAGGUAGAAGAUUUAGAAAAGAAAAAGGGUAUUGGCACUCAAAGUGAUGGUAAUUAUGUAUCUUGUAAUUAUGGAUACAAAUAUGGCUAUUCGUUCAGAAUUGAAGAAGAGGAACGUUGUGUCGGAAUGCACAAAGUUCUCGAAAGUAUUAAGGAUCAUGUGGAUGCCUGGCCAUUUAUCGAUCCCGUGGAUGAAGAAUAUGCGCCAAGAUAUUACAGUGUCGUACGUAAGCCUAUGGAUCUUAGCACUAUGGAGGAGAAAUUGGAAGGUGGUUCGUACAAAAGUUUAAGUCAAUUUAAACAUGAUUUUCGGCUUAUCGUUGACAACUGUAGACAGUACAAUGGCUCGGAUAACGAAUAUACGGAAAUGGCGAUUAAUCUUAAGGAAGCUUUUGAUAAAGCCGUGAGUCGAUAUUUAGAAUCGGAGACAUCCAGCGACGAGGAUCCUACAUCUCUUCGAUCAUUAGCCGGAACACCUACGUCUCCGUCAUAUCCUCCACGUCAUUUAUCUUCUUCGCAUCAUAACACACGUAAACGUUCGAAGAAAUCAACCAAAAAGUCUAAAUCGUAUAAAUCCGAGAGUAGAACAAAGUCUAAGAAUAACGAGAAAGUAGAUGAAGAUGAAAAGAGGAGUAAAAGUAUUAAGGUUGCAAAGAAGAAAAGAGGAAAGAAGAAGGGUAAGAAAGUAAGAGAAGAAGAAUUAGAUGAGGAUGAGGAAGAACAGGAAGACCAAGAGAGUGAAGGUGCAAUAUCCGGGACUAGUAUUGUAGCGUCGAAAAGAAGAAAAAACGUUGAUGUAAAUAGUUUACUUAAAACCAAAAAGCUAUCUAAAGAAUCAGAAGAAUUGAAAAUGUCGAAUAAGAAAGGGAACAAGGAGCGACAUCAAUCGAAAAAGGACUCGGAAAUUGUACUAUCUGCGAAAGAAACGAAAGAAAACAAAAAGCGGAAAGAGGACUUUGAGGAAGAUUAUGAAUCUCCGGUAAAAAGCAAAAGUAGAAAAAUAGAAAAGAAAGAACUCGAGGAAACUGGAAUAUUAACAGACAACACUAAGAAAGGUAAAUUAAAAAAGAUUGAAAUAGAAGAAAGUGAUGCAGUAUUUGAGGAAGAUAAGAAACAAUCUUCCCAUGUCAAAACGAAAAAGAAUCGUAAGAAAGAGAAGACGAAUUCAAAGACUGCAACAAAGGCUGAUGAAAAAUCUGACAAGAUUCAUACAAAGCAAAAAGAUAAGAAAUCAAAACAAAAAAAGAAUGAAGGAUUAAAGAACGGAGAGUUAAAAAAACAAACGGAUCCCAAAGAUAUAGGAUUAGAAAGCACUUUAGACUCAAAGCAUACUCACAUCUCCAAAAAGCUCUCUACGUUAAUCGGUAAUAAAGACGUGGAUUCGCUUGAUAGUUUAAAGGAUAAGAUAAGCGACAGAAGACGUGAGGAAAAACUGAAAAACGAAAAAGAGAAGCAGAGAAAAACGGUAAAAAGCAACACCCUCACAUAUUCAAUAAAAGUGCCUUCAAUCAGUAAUAUUUUCCACGACAAUGAUAAAGAUAACGCAAAGCGAUCAAAGUCGAAAAAAGGUACGAAGGAAGAUAAAACUGUGGAUGCAGAUACAAUUAAAAAAGAAUCUGAAAUCAAUGAGAAUAAGAAAGCUGUUCAUGCUAAACAUACCAAAGGAAUGGAAGAGAAUUCUACGAUUCAAGCAUUAAAUCAAGCAACAGAGAAAACACUUCAUGAUAUCAACAAAUGGCUUGAUGAUGCGCCCAAACUCUGUGGAUUUUCCUCCGGCAGUGAUUCUCCGGUACUUCACAUUCCUCCAAUCGAGUCCGGUCGAUCGGGAUCGAAGGCAGAGGUUACUACACGUAAGAGACCGAGCUCCAUCAAAAUAUUUGGUCCUCAUGGACCGAGUCGGCCGAAGAAGAUACAGCGUACGAUCGACCGUUUGCAACCCGGGAAGAGUAAGGGAAAUUUGCUUUUGAAGAAACCGCUCAAUUUACCCAAUGCCAACACCAAUGAUACAGCGGCACACCCUGCUAAUGAUAACGAUCAAUCGAGUAAGGAUCUUGACGAGGAACCAAAGCUCAGUUUAGGUACCGUGUUGAAGAAUGUGGACUCUAUACAUUUGAUCUGCAAAAGUUUGGUAUCGUCGCCCAAUCUUUCAAACGAUGACGAGGAGGAGGAUCGCGCCCUUACUCCGUCUAAUGUUAAGGAGGAAAAAACAUUGGGCGUUAAGGGUACGAAGACAUCAAGUGCAGCGGAGGAUAAAGAAACGAUUCAACCUAAGAAUACGGAGGAGACGCAGAAACCAAAGUCCGCUACGCCGAAUUUGAGUGCCUGGUUCAAAGCCUUUGGAGCGCCAAAAUCAAAAAAGAAGGACGAGGAAGUGGAAGAGACCGCGGCGACGAAGAAAGACGGCGAUCUACAGGAAGUGUUUUGCGGCAGGCAACGACGACUGAGCACUGGCGGUAGUAGUGUUAGUGAAUCGGUGUCUAGUUUCUCUCAGGAAUCACCACCGGCGAUUCCACGAGCUGCUCGUUCUCCGCAAUGUCAACCCGCGAUGACUCCAACCGAGCCGAUAAGAGGCGCGGGAUUUUAUCAAGACGCACUGUCGACCGGGAGUAGUCCGUAUAACAGUCCUUAUUACGCGACGCCACCGAGAUACAGCGCACAAUUGCCACCGACGCCAUCUCCGCAAAAUCCUCAUCCUUUAUCACCAGCCUAUCCGUCGUCCUACGAACAACAAUCGCCUGUUUAUCCUCAGGUACACGCGCAACCACCGUAUCAAUCGCCGUAUCAGAAAACUUCGCCCCAGGAGAAUCCCAACGAAGCGUAUUCGCAAAUGUCGCCGCAACGCUUUCCGCAACAAUUGCCUGCCAACAAUCAAAAUCAGUCUCCCGUUUAUCCGCAACACUCUCCGCAGCCAGUUUAUCCUCAACCGUCAGCUCGGACACCCCCGUCAAACUACUCGCAACCCUCUCCGCAACAGCCACCUACGCCGAAUUAUUCGCAACCAUCUCCGCAGCAGAAUGCAGUCGCUAAUUAUUCUCAGCCUUCUCCUCAGCCGGUUGCCAAUUAUGCGCAAGCUUCUCCGCAGCAGCAUUCACCUUACUCGCAAUCCUCUCCUCAAACACCGCCGAAUUACUCGCAACCGUCUCCACAGCAGCAGCAGCAGCACUCUCCAUAUGCGCAAUCCUCCCCUCAACAGUCCGCUGGAUACGGUCGUCUUUCGCCGCAGCCACCACCCGCGAACUAUUCUCAGCCCUCGCCUCAACCACCCAAUGCUUACUCGCAGCCGUCUCCUCAGCCGCCAAAUUUUUCUCCUCAGUCAUCGCCGCAAUCACGCUCCGCCAGCUAUUCGCAACCGUCACCUUCGCAACCAUUAAACUCUUCGUACCCGACUCCUCCGCAAUUAGAUCGAAGCUACUCGCAAUCAUCGCACCAGCAGCAACAAAUGCAGACUUUCGCUCAACACGCUUCUCCGCAGACGCAAACGUCUCCGUUUUCCGAGCCAUCGCCGCAGAAUAGUCCGUAUUCGCAAUCGUCGCCACAAUCGCUGACCAAUUAUUCACACCAGUCGUCCCCGCAACAGCCGCCAACCUACUCGCAUCCGCUACACUCGCCGCAGACACCGCCAAAUUAUUCGCAGCUUUCGCCGCAACAAACACCCGGGCCAGCAACGGCGACGAAUUACUCGCAACCGUCGCCGCAACAGUCUCGAAAUUACCCGCAAUCCUCACCUCAACGAAAGGCCGCGUGCAAUCCAGCUGCACCAUCGCAACAAUCGCCCAGUUACUCGCAGCCUUCUCCCCAACAGACGGCCAAUUAUUCUCAGCUUCAACCAAAAAGCUCCGAUGAGUAUCCCGCGGCCGCGGCGCCAUCGGCAAGUUAUCCUCAGGAUUUCAAGCAAAAUCCCACGUACGUUCAACAGUCACCUACGAUAUCGUCGUCGGUGAAUGAAUCCGAUCACCGGACGGAAUAUCUAAAAUCUAACGCUACCGAAAAGCCGGUGACGGGCGAUCAACAGAGGAGCUUUCCCGUUCAAUCGGAGUCGUCGUUGAAUCUAAAUGCCACGAAUCAUCAGAUCUAUCAAUCACCGAGUCAAUAUCCGCCAACGUAUCCGAAUAGUUUCUCUAACGUCGAGCUUCAGAGAUCCGUUUCGAGACACAGCGGCGGCCAGCAACAGACGCAGCAGCAAUCAACGCCGCAGGAAUCGCGGGCCAGCUUUAUGGAGAUCCAGCCACGCGGUGGCUAUCUUGGCAAAACAGCACCGUCCAGCAACAGCGGGGAACAAUUACCCGCGCCUUCGCCGAAUCAAUUGCGGGCAUUCCAGGAGAACUUGACGACAGCCCACGAAUCACUUUAUCCGAGUGGUUUCCAAGCUGGUUACCCGCUACCGCCAUCGAAUUCACGCCCGGUGUAUCCUAGUCCACAUUAUUACGAUGCCGGCUCCAAGCCCGUUAGCGGGGCAUCUGGCAGCCCCACUGGUAAUCCGCCUCCAAUGAAAAAACGCGCGUAUGAACCACCACCCAGUGGUGGCGGUGACGCGUCCAGUUCGCGCGGCUUGUCGGAGAACACGACGACGCGUUCGAAUCAAGAACAAUUUCCGAAUUUCGAUCCAAUAAUGGCUCUACCUCAAUCGGAAGUUUCAGUUUCUGUCAGUCAAUACGAUGGCACACCGUUCGUCGGCGGCCUGGCUGAUUCCAUGGCGGCUAAUCCAGCGUACGCACGACUCAGCCUCGGUCUCGUAGGUCGGACACCAUCGGAUCGCAAGGACCAACAGCAACAACAGCAACUAUUGACCAUCCCACGUCCGCCGCCAGCGACGAAGCCGGAGCACCUCGCUGCUUACGGUCGCGGUGCCGCGACUGGCGCGGCUGAGCUCGAGCAGCUGAAUCUGCUGCAGAGUCUGGCACAGAAGAACAGCCAGGGUAUUCUGGCGAUAUCGCGAGGACGGGGCGAGGGUGACGCGCGGACCGCGCCUCCCGCGGCCACGAUGACGCCGUCCACCGCGACGCCGUCCAAGACGAAGAGGAGCCGGAAGAGCAAGCAUCCUCAGCAGCAGGAACAGCAAAACGCAGCCGUUGUUACGGCCGUCACGACGACCGCCGUCGACCAGCAGCAGGCGGCGGGCAUAGCCGCUUUCCCGCAGUACGUGGCCGCCGAUUCCAUCGGCGCCCUGAAGACAGCAGCCGCGGUCCCACCCGCCGGCAGUGCCUUCAACUUUGCCGCGUCCACCAGUGGCGCAGCCGCCGCGGCGCCCUUCGCCUACGACAAGGAUGCUACCGCAGCGGCCGCGUUCGCCUUCCUGACGGACGAGUUUCGCAAUCCGACCAGCUAUUACAAUAUGGCUCUACGACAGCAGCAGCAGCAGCAACAGCAGCAGCAGCAGCCGCAAGUGGUGCCGCCGACCGUGUCGAAUGCCUCGGGUCAGUCGACGGCGUGCAACAAGCUCGGGAAUCAGCCGCCCAGGAACUAUCCGCCGCCUCAUCCGUUUCUGCAUUCGGCCGCCGCUGCCGCCGCCGCCGCUCAAAGAUCCUACGUUUCGCCGGUCUCCGCUUAUAUGACUCCACACGGGCCCAAUCUUAUGGAUCAAGCUGCCUAUCAGCAGUACAUCCACUCGCUGUACACUCUUCAACCACCUCCACCGCAUCACCACAGACCAUCCUGGCUUUAGCCGCUAAGAUUGCUGGAAGAUCGAUUCAUAAUGAUGACAAAUUAAUCUUCCUGGUGGGAUGGACCUCGGAAUGUAACCUGGCGAUGUUAUCAAAGGACGAGGAAUUGUUUGAAACAAAUCUAUCGUCGUGAUGAUCGUUAAUUGAAAGUCUCUUGGCGAGCACGCGAGAGAGCAGUAUGAGCCCCUUCGUUUCAUUUUUUUCAUUUUUUUUUUCAUUUACAAGGGACAUCCUCCUCGCGACUUGUCUUUUUUAUUGUUUUUUACGCAAUUGACGGCGCAAGACUCUUUACGAAGCUAGAUAAAUAGAUGUUUGUAAAUUUCUUUGACUGUAGCUUCCUUUUUUACAAAUAACCGACUAAUUCGAAUGUACCUUUGACAUUUUUACACCGUUCGAAAAGAAGUCUAGCUUCUAUCUGAUAUAAAAAGAAAAUAAUCUGUACAUAAGGGACAAGUCUACUUUCGAUAUAGGAAUUUUUGAUAGUUUUCUAAAGUGAGACCGACAGGUUUAAUAGCUCUAAUUAAGUUAAAACCGCUAACGUCGAGAGUAUGUCGAUCAUAUGUCUAUCAAAAGUUCCUCCGUGCAAAAUGUUGGAUAAAAUAUAUUUGGAAUAA